AUGGCGAAGGCCACGGUCAUCGCCAAGGGCAUCACCGCCCACGGGCGGUCCAAGACCUACAAGCGGCGCGGGCUGUGGGCGAUCAAGAAGAAGCACGGCGGCAAGUUCCCCACCACCCCCAAGCAGCAGAAGGCGGACGCGCCCGCCGCCAAGGCGCCCCGCUUCUACCCCGCCGACGAUGUGGCAAAGCCGCUCUCUGUCCGCGCGGUGCGCAAGCCCACCAAGCUGCGCGCCAGCAUCACCCCCGGCACGGUGCUGAUCCUGCUGGCGGGCCGCUUCAAGGGGAAGCGCGUGGUGUUCCUGAAGCAGCUGGAAAGCGGGCUGCUGCUGGUGACCGGGCCGUUCAAGGUCAACGGCGUGCCCGCGCGCCGCGUGAACCAGGCCUACGUCAUCGCCACCAGCACCAAGGUGGAGCUGCCGCAGCUGGACCUGGCCAAGUUCACUGACGGGUACUUCAAGGCGGCGGAGGACAAGAAGGCCAAGAAGAAGGGCGAGGACGACUUCUUCAAGGGGGACGCCGAGAAGAAGCCCCUGGCGGCGGAGUACGUGGCCAACCAGAAGGCGCUCGACGCCGCGCUGCUGCCCGCGCUGAGCGCCGACCUCAAGGGCUACCUCGGCUCCCGCUUCACCCUGCGCGACGGCGACCGCCCGCACCUGCUGAAGUUCUGA